AUGGUGAGUGCUUUAGUAGCAAUGGAGAGCGAUGACGAAACGAAUCCGCCAUGGCUGUUACCGAUGCUUCGAGCUAACUACUUCGCGGCUUGCUCCUUUCACGAAGAGUCUUCUAAGAGCGAAUGCAAUCUCUUCUGCUUGGACUGUUCGGGAAAUGCCUUUUGCUCUUACUGUUCGAUUCAUCACAGAGACCAUCGUGUCGUCCAGAUUAGACGGUCUUCGUACCAUAACGUAGUGAAAGUGAGUGAGAUUCAGAAACACAUUGAUAUCUCCUGUGUUCAGACUUACGUCAUCAACAGUGCUAAGAUCCUCUUCUUGAACGAGAGGCCUCAGGUUCGUGGUGGAGCUGCGAAAGGCGUCACUAAAACUUGCCAGAUCUGUUUCCGUAGCCUCCUCGACUUUUUCCGGUUCUGUUCUCUCGCUUGCAAGCUUGAAGGCAUUAGGCAUGGAGAUGACUCAAAUUUGACAUUCUCUUUGAGAGGGAAGAGUGGUAGAGAUGUGUUCUGUCUCGGUGAGCCUGCAAAGAUCCGAAAAACCGGGAUUAUUGGAGUCGAUGUUCACAGCGAAACGGCGGGUGUGGAGUCUCCGGGGACACCUCCGAUUGAUUGCCACCGGAAUUACCCAAAACAGAGGCGAAGAAAGGGUAUACCUCGCCGAGCUCCUUUCUGA